AUGUCAGUUAUCCUAAUUGCACUCAACCCUGAAUCUGAGGACACAAAGCACCAUCCCAAAGAGAAGCAAAUAAUUGGGAUCCUCUGUGCCAUAGUCUCAUCUGCCACGUUUGCACUCCAUCACUCUCUUGUGCAGCGUUGUUUUGAGAAAGUUAUAAAGACUAAAACCUUUGCUACUGUGUUAAGAAUGAAUUUUUACCCAAUGCUCGUUGCUUCAGUUUUUGGCAGUGUGGGGUUGUUUUUCAGUGGAGAUUGGAGAACUAUGGGAAUGGAGAUGAAGGAAUUCGAAAGCGGUAGUGUGUCAUAUGUAAUGACUUUGGUUUGGACUGCUGUGGCAUGGCAAAUAGCCGGCGUUUCUAUGUUGGGGUUGAUUUUUGAGGUAUCUUCAUUGUUCUCAGUUGUAAUAAGCAAUUUGGAACUGACCAUAACUCCUAUCCUUGCUGUCAUUGUCUUUCAUGACAAGAUUUAUGGGGUUAAGAUUAUAGCCUUCAUAUUAGCUGUAUGGGCCUUUUUGUCCUAUAUUUAUCAACAUUAUCUAGAUGACCGAAAGGCCAAGGAAGAUAAAAGUGAUUGCAUUAAGGUUUCAAUGGGAAAUGGAGAAAUUUGA